CCGAACUUGCUGUCGCGUCCGUCUGUCCUGGCACUUCAAACGCCAUGGUGCCGUCUGUCGUUCGAGUUGCGUGUGGAGUAUGCUUGGUGUAGUUGUUGCCUCAGCAUCAUCGUCGACGCAGCACGGAGUUCCCCCAAGGCCCUGUUAGCAUUCCUCACCUCCACGCUGCCCGAAAUCGAAGCCUCGUAGCCGACACUGCUGCAUCAUUUGGCAGCUGCACUUCAGCAAAACCACAGCCAUGCGUGGGCAUGUCCGACCUGAUGGCGUCCAAGGGACUCUUCAACAGUCUGCGGUGGGUCGGACAUCUCGAUUCAAUCUAUUACGAAACAGUCCACGUCCCGUUGACUCGGCUCGCACAAUGAUGCUCCUCAUGCUAGCUGUUCGAUUCUGCACAUUUCCGGUGAGCGCAAGAGGUCUGCCCAGGUGACUAUGUGCAUGCUGUACGUCCCCGCCGUUCCUCCAUCGUGUCUGUCAAAGCAUCGCCGCCCGUGAACGUCAUGGUGUGCGUCGGUCAAGGUGGACGAUGUGGGACUUGACAUCAACCGUCGAAAGCACCUUCGUGCAAGUUUACGAUGUUCGCAAACUAGUCCUUGUGGUAGUCACCAAUAUUUUGGCCGACCGCCUUUGUGGAGUCCGUUGGGAGGAAGGACCGCGCCAGAAGAACGCCGUGAAACAUUCGUUUUUCUUCGGCGGCGGAGCCUUUUCAUGGUCUUGCUCAAGCUGCCAGCUUGUUCUGGAAAUUAUUUGGCAACCAAACGCUCGCGGCGGAUUUUAUUUACGCUGCAUAUGGAACGAAUACUCGUUCUUGCCACUGCCCAUCAAUCCCUGUCAAAACUGCGGUCUUGACGUGUCGUCUUGAACGUCUGGAGCUUCAGAAGUUUCCAGCACCGAUCAAAUACCAAGGGGCUUCGAUUGUUCGAGAGCUUACGUCCACAUAUGUGGUCAUAUUCUGCGGAAAGCACGUAGGCCACGUCGAGGAAAUCGGGAGAGAUUUGGCUAGUGCUGUAUGAACCACGCACUCACGAACGCGACAGAGUCGCAGCAGCGCGCCGAGGGGAAUCUCGUGCUCUUUGAAGUUGAAUGGCGGGGUGGCGUUUCAGAAAACCCCUCCAGAAUCCUUGGCUAGGUCUGUGGUUGGGGCAGUUUGCAAAAGGGUUCGGCCGGUUGUGCCGCGUGAGCUGGGCGAUCAUUUGGUCCGCUGCCUCUGUUUUCGUCAUGUACACGCCAUGGGCUUCCUGCUGCAUGAUCCAUUGCUGUGCAACCAAAGCUUCCUCGAACUCGGACAGCUUGAGCUUGGCUCCCGGCUUGCCUCGACGACGCUGCAACGGCUGCAUGUGUUGGAAGACUGUUGCGUGUGGAAUACUGUUCAUGGGUAACUUGAAGUGCACUUCAGUUGCACGUGCUGCACGACGGCAUCCGCAUCGAUGCUCGAACGCAAAUUGAACGGCAUAUUGCAGGUGUGUUUGCUGGUACAACGGGGAUGUGCUUGGUGCCACAGCUGAGAUGGAUUUCGUUCGAUGAGAUGACGUGAUCCGAUGCCAUCGAGUCAAACGAGUCAGUUUUGAUCGAUCCACGUGGUGAAGUGCCGCAGCUUCCGCAAUCGACGCACCCAUCGUGGAGAUGUGAGUCCAGGCGACGGAGUACGUCUCACCCAAUGUGCAAGGAAGACACGUCCAGCUCCUGGCCUUUAUGGAAUAAGGCAGCGUGUUGCACAUGGAGACAGGAGUCAAUUGGCCGCAGACGGCACAUUUCAGCCAGGCAGGCUCCGCGGCAGCACGGGUGUCUCCUUGUCGAUGAUGCAUCCCCCACGGAUGGUUG